CUGACCUGGAGGCGAGUGACAUGGCCUGGAUAUUGCUCACUGUAUGUGUGGGGUCCGUUUUAUUUGUGAAUGCAAUAACUAAAAAGGGCGUUACACUGACCUUUUCCGACCAUUACCAGUGCAAUGACACAUUCGCACUGAGCAACGUCAGCUGGUGGUAUGACUGGGGGCUCAACGACAGUGGGCACCAUGCACAUGGAUGCCCUGGUUCCCCGAGGGGCGAGUUCAUUCCCAUGGUGUGGGGGUACAAUGGUCAGACCAUCUCCAUUCCUCGUCAUUCUAAAUAUGUCCUUAGCUUCAAUGAACCCAACCACAAAGACCAAUCACUGAUGACUCCUGAAUUCGCCGCAGAUAACUGGCCAAAGGUUGAAGCUGCAGCACAAGACAGACAUCUCUUGAGCCCCGCCCCCGCCAGAUGUGCCGUAGUUGGGGGUCUAUGUACAUACACGACAUUUGAUUGGCUGGACAAAUUCUUCGCAGCUUGCAAGGGAUGCCUUGAGAUUAUAUAGCCUUGCACAGCUACACCUGUGAUGUGGACAGCGAUAUGGGCUUUCUGGAGAGCGCCUACAACCGCUACAACAGAAAGGUUUGGUUGACGGAGUUUGCCUGCCCUGGAAAACCGACUUUUGGGCAGGUAAAGGAGUAUAUGGAGGCUAUUAUACCCCGUCUGGAAAAGGCAGACUUUGUAGGGGGAUAUUCCUGGUUCAUAGCGCGGCUGACAAAGAGUGGCUACAUCGACCCGAUCUGCAGUCUAUUGGAGGCGAAUUCGUCUACCCUUACACCGUUAGGGAGACUAUACAAUUCACUGCAAUAACGACUAAAAAUGACAAAAAGUAACUGCUGUUCCAGAAUAAUUCAUGAAGGGAAGCCUAUUUCACAGUCUGGAGGGCGGGUUGUUAAAAAUAAUAAUCUAAUCCCGCAGUUUUGAACAUGAUGGUUUGUGCGACCCAAUAUAUAGUUUUCCUCUGACUUGCUUCUCGAGAAACUAAACACAUAACUGUGUGUUUGUCUCAAACAAAAAUCUCAGCUCCCUGUUAAACCUAAUUCGGCUUAUAUGCAUAAGAAUAAUUUUAU